AUAGAAGAAGAAGAAGAAGACCGCCCCAACAUCAACUAACGCUGUUGUUGCUUAUUUACCGUUAUAUUUUAUACUAAUAUCUCAAUAUCAGUGAGAGGAAAAUGACGUUUAGAUAUUAAUUAAUCUGGACAUCGGUCUUAGCGGAACCGGAAGUGCUGGAAACCUUAACGGAAUUCCCAUCAGAAGAGAUCAAAGUGUGUGCGUCUAUGAAGAGUGACCGGUUAUGGAUCCACCAAUAGAAAUUAAGAGUUGGCCUGACCAAAAAUCAAUCAUAACCGAACCCGUCUGUAAGAAGAUGAAGUUUGAGCAGUCUGUGGAUCAACCACAAUAUUUGCAUCCUGAAUUCAGCCGUGACUCUAAACUUAAUAAAGUCCUGAACACAUUUAAAUCAAAUCUGAGAGAGAAGUUUCAGUGUUUGUAUCCAGGAACAUCAAAGCAGAGAAACUCAACACUACUGAAUGAGAUUUACACAGAGCUCAACAUCACAGAGUGUGAAAGUGGAGAGGCAGAGGAGACACCAAUCAAAUGUAAUGACAUCUUUAAACCUUUACCUGAACAAGACAAACACAUCAGAAGUGUGCUGACAAAGGGAGUCGCUGGCAUUGGAAAAACAGUCUCUGUACAGAAGUUCAUUCUGGACUGGGCUGAAGAGAAAGAGAAUCAGGACGUCCACCUCAUAUUUCCACUUCCUUUCAGAGAGAUCAAUUUGUUGAAGGACAAAACACUCAGUCUUUUAGAUCUUCUUCAUCUUUUCUUCCCAGAGACAAAAGAAAUGGAAAUCUUCAGUGAUAAAUAUAAAAUGUUGUUCAUCUUUGAUGGUUUGGAUGAGUGUCGUCUGUCUCUGGAUUUUCACAGCAGUGUGAGGUUGUGUGAUGUGAAUGAAUCAACCUCAGUGGACGUGAUGCUGACAAACCUCAUCAAGGGGAAUCUGUUUCCCUCUUCUCUCAUCUGGAUCACCUCCAGACCAGCAGCAGCUGAUCUCAUCCCCUCUGAGUGUGUUGAUCGAGUCACAGAGGUACGAGGCUUCAGUGAUCCACAGAAGGAGGAAUACUUCAGGAAGAGAAUCAGUGAUGAGAGUCUGUCUGAUCAAAUCAUCUCACACCUGAAGUCAUCCAGGAGUCUCUACAUCAUGUGUCACAUCCCAGUCUUCUGCUGGAUUUCAGUCACUGUUCUAGAGAGAAUAUUGAGUGAAGCAAAGAGUCAAGAGAUCCCCAAGACUCUCACUCAAAUGUACACACACUUUUUGAUCAUUCAGACAAACAUUAAACAUCAGAAAGACUAUGAGAAAAAUAAAGAGAUGAUCUUCAAACUGGGGAAACUGUCUUAUGAGCAUCUUGUGAAAUGCAAUCUGAUCUUCAAUGAUGAAGACUUGAGAGAGUGUGGCAUUGAUGUAUCAGAAGCAUCAUUGUACUCAGGAUUGUGUACUCAGAUCUUCAGAGAGGAGUUUGGUUUGUGUCAGAGGAAAGUUUACAGCUUUGUUCAUCUGAGCAUUCAGGAACAUCUAGCAGCUCUACAUGUGUACCUCACCUUUAUAAACAACAAUAUAAAUGUGUUUGAGCAAAUUAAACCAAAUCAAGGAGAUCAGCUUUCAAUACAUGAUCUGUAUCAGAGAGCUAUAGAUGAGGCUCUUCAGAGUAAAAAUGGACAUCUGGAUCUUUUUCUUCGUUUUCUUCUGGGUUUGUCACUGAAGUUGAAUCAGAAUCUCAUACAAGGUUUGAAGAUACAGACAGGAUGCGGCUAUCAUACUAGUAAAAAAAUCUUAAUCAUAUACAUCCAACAGAAGAUCAGGCAGAAUCUUUCACCAGAGAAAUCCAUCAAUCUGUUUCAUUGUCUGAAUGAACUGGUUAGUAAUUCACUAAUGAAGGAAGUCCAACAAUUUCUGACAUCUAGAACAUUAGGGGAAGCCAAACUCUUUUCAUCUCAGUGGUCAGGUUUAGUUUCGGUGAUGCUGACAUCAGAACAGUUUAAUAUGAAUCCAUUUGUUAAAGGAAACAAAGCUGAAUCGCUGAAAGUUCUUAAGAAGCUGCUGCCUGUGAUUUGUGAAUCCAGAAUGAUUAUAUUGAGGGAUUGUAAUAUCAUAGCUGAAGGUUGGGUUGCUCUGUCUUCAGCUCUGAAAUCAAACCCGUCACAUUUGAGAGAACUGAAUCUGUCUGAGAAUAAUCUAAGAGAUUCAGGGAUAAAGCUGAUAUCUGAUGUACUUAAGAAUCCUGCCUGUAAGCUUGAGAUACUGAGGUUAAGUCAUUGUAAUAUCACAGAUGAAGGUUGUGUUGCUCUGUCUUCAGCUCUCAAAUCAAACCCAUCACACCUGAGAGAUCUCAAUCUGACUGGGAAUAAUCUUGGAGAUUCAGCAAUGGAGCAUCUCUCUGAUCUACUGGAGCAUCCUGACUGUAAACUGGAGAAACUCUGGUUGUGUUCUUGUAAUCUCACAGAUGAAGGUUGUGUUGCUCUGUCUUCAGCUCUGACAUCAAACCCAUCACACCUGAAAGAGCUGAGUCUGUCUAAUAAUUAUAUUGGAGAUUUAGGAGUGAAGCUUAUGUCUGCUGUACUUGAGAAUCCUCAGUGUAAACUGGAGAUACUAAAGUUGUAUUCUUGUAAUAUCACAGAUGAAGGUUGUUUUGCUCUGACUUCAGCUCUGAGAUCAAACCCAUCACACCUGACUGAAUUGGUUCUGACUAAGAAUAAGCUGGGAGAUUUAGGAUUGAAGAUGCUCUCUGAAUUGAGGCAUGAUCCACAUUACAAACUGAACAAACUAAGUUGAGCAAUGAUUUGUAUUUAUUAUAUAUUUAAAAAAUAUUAUAUAUUUAAAAAUGUCAUCCAGUGAUGUUAAGUUGAUUAAGUUGUAUUGGAUAAUAUGAAAUCAUAAACUCUUUUGACUAAUGUGUCUAAAAAAGAUAGAAGUCAGUUUAAGUCUUAAAGCAAUAUGCUGUUUCUGUAUUUUCUCAGAAUCACAGUAAAGUUAAAUUCAUAACAAGUGUUGAAACAAUAAAAUAACAAACAAUACUUCAAUACUUGUUUUCACCGUUGGCCUUUUCAGUCAACACAAUCAGCAGAGACUUGAAGAAUAUCCAUGAGUUUCUCAAAUGCAUUUGUCUUAAUGAGAGAACUGCAGGGAGUUUAUAAAAGUAGUACAUUUGCUAAAAUUGUAAUAUAUUGACAAAAGUACACAUUGUGUAAUGUAUGCUUUUAAUGUAAUGUGUUUCUGUACAUAUUACUUGUGCAAAAAAAAUUUUGCAUAAGGUAUUUAUAAAAAUAAAGUUUUUGUACCAUCAGCAAAGGUAAAAUAAAUGGGUCAGUUUCCAUGACAAGAUUAUUCAGUUUCACUUAAAAUCAUUUUAAAACUAUACUGUUUCCACAUUUUUUUCUUUUAGCAGCCUGGCCCAUAUAGUUACAGAGUUCUGCCAACAGAAGUCCAAAAGCUCUGCCGUCACGUGAUUCAUGGAGACUUCAGUUCCUGGAAGCUCAUAGUAUUAGUGAGCCAUUGAAAUACAUCGAGGUAGAGACAAAGAGCAGUUUUUAAAGAAAACAAAGCUAAACAAAGAUAAAAAGGCUGUUGCCUGUGAUUUGUGAAUCCAGAUC